CCCUCCCUCCCUCCCUCCCUCCCUCUCUCUCUCUCUAUCUCUCUGAACUUCAUUCUCUUGGAUUUCCUCACAACUUUCUUGGAUCUCUAGCACUGCAGAUCGUACUGAAUCUUGUGUCUCGAUAAACAAGAUUUUUUUUUGUGAGGAUGCGUAGUCCUCACUCAAUGAAGAAAGAAUUCUUGAAGAAAUGGAUGAUGGGGCUUCAAGUAUGCAUUUCAUCCAAGAAGAAGAUGACACUGUUGGAGAGGAAGAAGGCUAUAAAGCUCUCCGCGGAUGUAGCCAUGGCUUCCUCUAGCAAUGGAAACACUUGUUGGAGUCGUGCCCUCAUCGUCAAUGCCUCAAAACAACACAAGAACAAAGUACUAAUUGAGCGUGUAUUUGGUCGUCCUGAAUACGAGAAGCUUAUGAAGAGAGUUCCAUCGAUUCAACCACUCAAGAAGAUGAUUCGAAGCAAAAAGAUCUUGAAAAGGAGUUGUAGUAGUCUAAGGAGAGUGAAGAGAAAUAUUAGAGGUUGCAGGAAGGUUGUUAAUGGAGCUUAUUGUGUAGCGAAAAACAUGGUGAAGAAGAGACGGAAAAUCUUGAGGAGUCUUGUUCCAGGAGGAGAGAUGAUUGUGGAUGAUGUUUGUUUGAUUGAAGAAACCCUAGAUUACAUACUAUCUCUCCGAGCUCAGGUUGAUGUAUUGCGAAGUGUUGCUGAUGCUUGUGAAGUGACAAAGUAAUGUACUCACUACUUGAAAACGUUUUACUAUGUAUUUCUCUCUUUAAUUUGUUAAGCCUAGCCAGAUGGAAAAAGGAACAUUAAAAAAAGAAGAGAUGAUAUAUAUAUAUAUAUAUAUAUAUAUAGAGAGAGAGAGAGAGAGAGAGAGAGAGAGUUGUAUAUAUGAGCAAAUAUAAUUAUCAUGUUAAGUGAAUCAAGGUUUUCUUUUUGUUGGGUUUCUAUCUUUUA